CCAGAAUUGCUUGUUUCCACCAGGUGAACUGGCAAGAUGUGGAGCAACAAACAAAACGAGGUGCCUUUACAAAAUCCAAGGUCCUCCCUCAACAGGGAUUCCAUCAGAGACUUAACUACAGCAUGGGAUGCUUUUUCGCAGACUAAAGCAGCGCUGCGACACAUUGAAAACAAGUUGGAAGUAGCUCCUACCAGCACAGCUAUGUUAGAUUCUGUCAUGGAUGCCAAGAAGCCAUCUGCCAGUACUACCAGGAAAAUAAGUAGAAAAGCCUGCAGGUCUUCCAGUCACAAAAAGGAGAGGUCUCCCCGCUGCCCUCUACGUGCCACCACUUUGGAUAGUAAUGUGAAAAAGAGCGGACAUGUUGAAUUUCGUGAGCCCCUUGCUUCAUUUAGGGACGCACAGUGGUCCUCAUCUUUUAAAACCUCUUGCCAGUUGGAGGAGAUGCGUUUGAAGCAUGAAGCAGUGAAUAAGGCUGAGGAAAUGAGUCAUAUGACCUAUGAAAAGGAUGGACCAGGUUUGCAAAAUAGAGAUUUCAAAAGCCCCUCUUCUGCAGAUGAAACUGUUGUUCGAUACUUGAACGACCGACCAGCAAUCGAUGCCUUGCAGAACUCAGAUCCUUUCUUUAAAGCUGUAACUCCUACAAGAUCAGAGGAGGAAAAGAUUGAGGGAUCUAGGGAUGAGUAUAUUGGUACCACAGUCCCGGAUGCUGAAUUGAAAGACCCACAGUUGGCUGAAUCUUCAGCUUCUUCUACCAGUACCUCCAGUGCCCACAGACUAGGUAUCUUAAAGCGUCACCAGCAUGAUUCUAAGCUGGAAAAACUGAAGGAGCGGAUUAGGAAGCAGUGGGAAUUUCAAGAAGAACUGAAUUGUCGAGGACAGUUUUGGGACUAUGUUGAUCAUCCAGUAAUCGUUGCAGCUGCAGAAAAUACAGUAACUCCUAAAGUCAGAAAAGUGGCAGCUGCACCUCCUCCUCCCUCAUAUAAAGGUUUCAAUCCAUCAGAAGCCAAGGUUCGUACUCCUGAUGGAAAAGUGUGGCGUGAAGAAGAAUUUCUCAAUUUCAGUAGAGAUCUAUGCCGAGACUUGGCACUCCAGUUAGAAGAAGACAGUUCUGCUGUGAAAGACAUACCUGCUGAAAAAAGUAAGGAGCGAAAAGCAACCAAAACAGUGCGUAAAGUCCAGAAACUGACAGAGCUACCAGGUCCUGACUCCAAGCCAGGAAGUAUGAAUAUAAUAAGUGUGUCAUCCUGGCGGGAUGGACAAAGAUUGGCAAAGAAGGUGCUGGGUCCACCGCCUAAACUACAGCAACAAGAUAAACCAUCAUCAUCUGCUGAUAGAAUUGGGAGGGAUAGGUCCAUUAAAUCUGAAUCUCACUUUGUGAAGACAGAAUCUGAUCCCAUGCAGGAUGUAGUCAUAAAACCCAGCUCAAGAAGUCCUAAACGAUCCCAGAGUAAAAUAAGGAGGGAGAAUAGCUUGAGGAAGAGAGAUGCUGCUCUUAAGAACACUAAACAGAAGGAUGACCAUGUAAAUAAGGACUUCUUGCCAGUGGAGAUCCAAGGGAUUCUUGAUGACCUACAGCUGGAUUCUGUGGCUCAGCAUACAAAACAAGAGAUGGAUGAAGAACAUCCAAGUUCAGAAGUGCCUGCUGCAUUUACCAAGAGCCACAGCCCAACCAAGAGAAAACCAGACAAAAUGGGUACCAAUGAAGAGUCUCAAGUCACUUCUAAAAAACGCCACUAUGACACAGACGAGGUUCGUCAGUAUAUUAUUAAACAGCAGGAAGAGAGGAAGAAGAAGCAGAGUGAACAGAAGAAAGCACAGAAGGAGGCAACAGAACAGAGGAACAAGAGACUUCAGGAACUGUACAAGAAACAGAGAGAAGCUCUUGCUAAUAAGCCAAAGAGUGCAUCAGCUCCUGAGCUAGUCCCCAAGCAGCUACAGGAGACUUACUCCAAGUUGCUCCUAGAUCAAGCCUUGCUGGAGAAGCCACAGCCCCCACUCAAACAGGACAUACAGCCCAAACCUGGGUAUCAGCCAUCUGGAGAAUCUGACAAGGAAAACAAGGCACAGGAACGUCCGCCUAGUGCUUCCUCCAGUAGCGAUAUGUCUCUAUCUGAACCUCAUCGUACUCUUGCCAGGAAUAAUUUGUUGGAGCCUGUAUGGAUUCAGCCAGAUAGACUGAGCUCAAAAUCCCAGCCACCUUGCCCACAAUCUUCUGCUGUCUUGAGUGGAGGUCUCUUUUCCCAACUUCUGUCCAUAGAUCACAUGAGUGUCUUACAAAAGGAUUUUGACUCUGUGUUAUCAACUAGGAGGAGCCACAUCACAACUAUGGGAUCCAUGCCUUUGACGUCUCAAUCAGUUAUACCAUCUACUAUACAACCCACCAUCAAUCAGUAUAAAAGUAAGCUGGACCGUAUUGAAGCCCUGAAAGCAACGGCAGCUUCUUUGUCAAGCAGAAUUGAAAGUGAAGCCAAGAAGUUAGCUGGAACUGGCAUUGAUUAUGGAGCAGCGUGGAACUCCGGACAUGACUUGGUGCAAGGAGAUCAGGGUGAUGGCUACUGGGCAAAGGCCAGCAGUCCCCCUGUGAAGGAAGAGAAUGAUGUUUUCUCAACCAGGCUUCAGGAGAUGUUGAGUACCUGUGUGUGUCAGACAACUUUUGACGAUAACCUUCCUGGGGUGGGAAAUCUUAGUGAGUUUAAAAAACUCCCUGAGACCAUCAGCCCUCACACUGCUGCUCUCAGCCUUCCAUGCAAACAGAGAUCUGAAGAAAUAGUAGGAAACCUAUCCAAGAAGUCAAGCAGCUUUCCUAAGGCUGAGAGUAAAGUUUUAGCUCGGGAUGAUUGUAGCACAGACUCAAUAAGCGAGGGGCCUCUCAGUGAUCAUCUCCUGUCUGAGGAGGAGGGAGACCAGCGAGAGCACUUACCUUUGAAGACAGCUGAGAUGCUGAAGGAAAAAGAGUUCUGUGCCGCAAACAGAACUGGCUAUGAGCCCAUAGAACAAUUUCAGAAAGAAGCAGAAAAGUACUUACCCAUUUCCACACAGACGAGGGGUGUUCCAAGGCCCUGGGAAGGCCUGACCAAAGGAAGUCCACACAGUGUCAUCAACAUUUUUACAAAAUCUUAUCAGCUAUAUGGGAAAGGAUUUGAGGAACGGUCAGGACCGGGAUCACCAGUCCAGCAACCUUCACUUCCAGUAAUGAGCCCUCCAGCUAGUAUUGAUUCGUAUGAGGAUGACUUCAUCUCAUCACAGGGCAGUGGAAUGGUGACAGACAAAAAGUCUGCUGUUGAGCCCAGUGUUCCCAGUAGCAGCCCAAGCCUAAAAGAGGACAGGAAAUCACCGUAUGAACUACAAGCGAAAGAGUUUGCCUACCAUUCCUCAGGAUCUCCGUCUACCAGCUCUUCUUGUUCAUCUGCAUCUUCUAAAAGAAGAGAGAAAAAGGAAAAGCUGGAAUCUUUUACUGGGUCUUCUCAUGUCUCUUUGCGAGAAGAAAACAAAACUGCUGCGGAAUCAGACCACAGACUGUCACAGACAAAGAGUUCUGUCCCUAGCAAUGGACUGUCUCACAGGGAACAAGCGCAGAAUCCAGACUCUGACAACACUUUAGAAGAACUAUCUGGUCACUCCUUAAUGAGUCUCCCAGAUAAGCUAAGAUCUCCAAGGACUGCAAGCACUCCUCAGUCUCCAAGUGGACCGAAGCAAUUGGAUCCUGCCCCAGAAAAGACCAGAUCUUCUUCAAGCCCUCCGACAUCUAUCGCUCCUGCAUCCAAGCCAAAUCUUGCCUUUUCUGGAACCAGCAGGACUGGAGCAGGUCUUGUGAAUGGUGCCAUGCGUUUCUCUCCUGCUGGUCUCCACCAACGUAUGUCAGCAGAGCUAAACUACUUAUGUACCAUUGAGGAGUCAGUGCGGCAGCUGUCGGAUAUGGAGCGUGUACGGGGCAUUUCACUUGCACAGCAGGAAAGUGUCUCACUGGCUCAAAUACUAAAGGCACAGCAGCAACGACACGAGCGGGACUUGGCUCUUCUGAAGCUCAAAGCAGAGCAAGAGGCUUUGGAAAGUCAGAGGCAAUUGGAAGAAACACGGCAGAAAACAGCUCAGGCCCAUGCAGAAUCACUGCAGCAGCUGGUGCAGUCCCGGCAAGAUGCAACGGAGGCGCUCCAGGAGACUACGUGUAAGAUAGCAGCCCAGCAGGUGGAGGCAGCUCUUCUUACCACAGAUGCUGCUCGGCAGCUCCGCGAGAUGACAGAGCUAGCCCGUGCCCAGAUCUCAGACGUAAUCAGUGUUCCUGCAGCUCCGAUUACCAUGCUGUUGGACCAAGAACGGAAGCAUCAUUCAUCAUUCAUAAAGAAACUAAAAUCUCACUCUGAUACAAGCAGGAAAACAGAAUCUGUUACCCCUUCGCCAGAUAAAGAGGAGACGGGUGACUCAAAGCACCAGUACUCCCCUUCAUUUGAUAGUUGUUCAGAAUCAUCAAGAUCAAAGGCACACGAUCAGAGCAGCAGCAGCAGCAGUCGCCAGGAAAGUCCAUCUGUUCCAUUUUCCAAGGAGUCAAAAAAAGCUUCCCGUCAUGAAAAACCAAGCCGUUCCAUCGAGGAAGAGGCUCUGACAGCUGUGAACGAUUCCCUGCAGAGCAACAGCAUUCCAUCCAUCCCGGACGAGAGAGAUUCAACUUCUGUUGCAACAGAAUAUUCCCUGAAAUUUGAUGAGUCCAUGACAGAAGAUGAGAUUGAAGAAAAGUCCUUCCGAUCCUUGCUACCUUCUGAGAGUCACCGCCGGAUUAACUUGAAGAAACGAGGUCACCAGGAUUAUUCUGAUGAGGACGCUCCUCCUGGAAAACCAGCCUUGUCACCUGUCAAAGAGCUAAGCCUGCCAUUCUCAGGAGGUCAAGACAGUUUUUCCAAAUUCACAAUGGAAAUGGUGCGGCAAUACAUGAAAGAAGAAGAAAUGCGGGCAGCUCAUCAGUCCUCGCUGCUCCGACUGCGCGAGAAAGCACUGAAAGAGAAGACCAAGGCUGAACUAGCCUGGCUAGAGCACCAGAAAAAGCGCUUGAGAGACAAAGGAGAGGAUGACAAGAUGCCCCCUAUUCGAAAGAAGCAGCGUGGCCUGAUUAUGAAGCUGCAGCAGGAAAAGCUUAAAGAGUCGGGAGAUAGAGGAGAGGCCGUGUACAUCGACAGCUCCGACACCAAGGCCUGCCUCCGAUGUCAACCACCCGACACUGAAGCCCUCAACAUCAAAGACACGAUCGUCCGCCUCUACGCCAAUCAAGAAGAAGGCUAA